AUGGCAAGAAUCUCAGCUUGCCCUGCAACCAAUUGCCAUACUCCUGCACUGUCAGGAGAAGGGAGACGAUGCAAAUACACCAGUCAAUCAGUGGUAAACUAUUCCAUUCCUAUCUUCCCAUCUGGUGAUGAGAAGGCUCAGGUUAAUGAUGAAGACAAUGCAGUGAUGAACCUUAUCAGGUCUGAUGAUUGGGUUGUAAUGUUGGAUGAGCGGGGACGGGACAUUGGUUCCGAGCAGAUGGCUGAAUUGAUUGGGGAUGCAGGAAAUACGGGAGCUUCAAGGUUAUCAUUCUGCAUUGGUGGACCAUAUGGUCAUGGGAAACAAAUGCGAAAGCGUGCCAAUGCAUCAAUUAGAUUGUCCUCCAUGGUUUUGAAUCACCAGAUUGCAUUGCUUGUGCUUGUUGAACAGCUAUACAGGUAA